AUGUCUCUCCGGCUGCGUAUUGAUGGUAGUACCUUCCGCGAUGCCCACAACCGUGAGGUCACUCUUCAUGGCAUCAACUGCGCUGCCGAUGCCAAAUUCCCAGCCACACCCUCACAGCCCUCGCAUGUUGCGGAUGGUUUCUUUGACGGCGACGGAGUAUCUUUUGUGAACCGCCCUUUCUCCGUUGAGGAUGCGGCAACGCACUUUGCGCGGUUGCGAUCAUGGGGCUACAACACCAUCAGAUAUAUCUUCACAUGGGAGGCCAUCGAGCAUGCAGGCCCGGGCAAGUAUGACGAGGCAUGGAUACAGCACACUAUUUCCAUCCUGCGGGUGGCGAAGCGUUUUGGCUUUUACAUAUUCAUGGACCCGCAUCAGGAUGUUUGGUCUCGAUUCUCCGGCGGCUCAGGAGCGCCCAUGUGGACUUUGUAUGCCUGCGGGCUGGACCCCAGGUUUUUCAACAUCACCGAAGCCGCCCUCGUCCACAACACGUACUCCGAGCCCGAUCAAUUCCCGAAGAUGAUCUGGGCUACCAACUACACACGCCUCGCUUGCCAGGUCAUGUUUACGCUCUUUUUCGCAGGACGAGAUUUUGCUCCCAAGGCCAUCAUCGACGGGAAGAACAUACAGGACUACCUGCAGGACCACUUCAUCAACGCUUGCGCUCACCUGGCGAAGCGAAUCAAAGAAGCCGGUGACCUCUGGCAUGACCCGAUUGUGGGCUGGGAAAGCAUGAACGAACCGAAUCGAGGCUUGAUUGGUAACCAAGACCUUGAGAAGAUCCCCACCGAACAGAAACUUCAAAAGGGCACCUCUCCCACUGCCUGGCAAGCAAUCCUCACCGGGUCCGGCAGGGCCUGUGAGAUUCCCACAUGGGAUUUCGGUGGAAUGGGGCCAAAGCGGACAGGAGAGGUUCUCGUCGACCCUGAAGGAAAGAGCGCGUGGUUGCAGGCCGACUAUGACGACAGCUCGUACGGUUGGAAGCGUGACCCAGGUUGGAAGCUAGGCGAGUGUCUCUGGGCGCAGCACGGUGUCUGGGAUCCCGCGACCGACACUCUGCUGAAGAAAGACUAUUUCGGAAUCGAUCCCAAGAAUGGAGCUCCGAUCAACUACGAGUACUUCACCAACAACUACUACAUGCCGCAUUACCGGAAAUACAGCGCCAGGAUCAAAUCUUUCUUCCCGGACUCACUCAUGUUUAUCCAACCUCCUGUACUGGAGAUUCCUCCUUCUAUCAAGGACACCAAAGACGACGAUCCGAACAUGGUCUUCUCCCCGCACUUUUACGAUGGCAUCACCUUGAUGACCAAGAAAUGGAACCGGCUAUGGAACGUGGAUGUGUUUGGCGUGUUGCGGGGAAAGUAUUGGAGCCCAGCCUUUGCCGUGAAAAUCGGAGAGACUGCAAUACGAAGGUGCUUUGCGGACCAGCUCAGGGCAAUUCGAGAAGAAGGGAGGGAGAAGAUGGGCGUCCACCCCUGCGUAUUCACGGAGAUUGGGAUUCCGUAUGACAUGAACGACAAGUCGGCUUAUCGCACGGGAAACUACAGCAGCCAGAUUGCGGCCCUGGACGCAAAUCACUUUGCGUUAGAGGAAAGCAUGGCGAACGGGUUCACCUUGUGGACAUAUGUGGUCACGAACAACCACUAUUGGGGCGACAACUGGAACGGCGAAGAUUUGUCCAUCUACUCGAUCGACGACAAAGUCGUGCCAGCGGGCGUCUUUUCGGAAGAAGAGUCGCGAGCAUCGACUGACACAUCGUCACCGUCCUUCUCCAAGUCGCACUCCGACGAUAGGUCACGUGUGUCCCCCGAAAACCUGGGCGAGGCCAUGGCAGCAGAGACUAUGAGUUUCAGAUCCACAGCUGAAGCCGUGAAAGGACUACGGGCGGCGGAAGCCUUCAUCCGACCCACGCCGGUGGCAGUGCAUGGAGACAUAUCGUCUUUCGGAUUCGAUUUGGCCAACUGCAGCUUCAAACUCAGGCUGGUGGCAGCCAGCCCAACCAGCGAAGAAGCACCUACGGUGAUAUUCCUGCCUGAAUUCCACUUCCCCACCAGCCAGACGACGGUAGAGGUCAGCGGAGGCAAGUGGACCAUUCACAGUGAGCGGAGGGAGGGGCCGCAGCAGGUGCUGCAGUGGUGGCAUGCUCAGGGUGAGCAGAGCAUCACGAUCAAGGGCGUCGUACGGAAACAAGGGGCAUUAGUGGACUCGGAUGAGGACGAGUUUGGGUAUUAUGCAUUGGUCCAGGAGUGGUGCAGUGUUAUGUAAGGCGGUCGGUGUAUCGACAAGGAGGCGGAUGUCGUCCAUCUACUAUUAUAAUCGGUAGGCGAGCCAGAAAUUGAUGUGUAUGGUGUGCGCGUGUGUGUGGCGGUGGAGGGUCUAGAAUAGGGUCCUCAUGUACCAUGUGUUGGGCGGUCGUUCGAUUGUCACGUUGUCCGGACACAGGGGCCCUCUUCAAUGUUUGGCCAAGCCGAGUUGCGCACCACGGUCAUCAGAGUCGGAUUGGGA